UCUUGUGGCUGAAUGAACACAUCUUCACAGCCAUGCUCCAAAUCUACUUAAAAGCCUGUAGAAGCCAAUGUAUUUGUGCCAUCCUUGCAUGCAGGUCUUGGUGGGGAAAAUCUGGCUACCAAACAGAACUUCAGCUGUUUUUGAGCUUCAAAAUUAUAUUGAGUGUAGUUGAAUUUGGAAACAGAUUCCAGAAGUGGGCAGCACAUAGACACAUAAUAUGCAAACCUCACACCUUAUAUAUCUCUCUGGGGCUUCCAGUCAUUACUGCUGAUCUAACAAGCUCUUAAUAUUGCCUCGUUGUCAUCUGACAGUGAGAUUGAUCAAAACACUUGACAUUACAGCCUUCUGUAUAAACCUACAAGCAGAAACAAUGACCUACAGCACAAGUUCCCAACCUUAGAGUAGAAUACACCCCAUUGUGCAUAUCAGUGUUUACCUGCAAACAGUUCCUCUUAAACUCAAGAUGGGCUGUUAAUUAGCUGAUUAUUGUAGUUGGGUAAUUAGGUCAGGCGGUAUUCCAUGAUAUGGUUCUGAAACCCGUGGAUUUACAGGAAACACAAAUAAUUCUGCUUUGCCUUAAGGGUGAUAUACAAUGUACUUUCUAUCCUAGCAUAAACAUGUACAUAAAUGUCUCAGAUUAAACCAUCUGUCAUUACAACAAUGAAGAAUAAUGUUUUCAGGAAACCAUGCAAAGCACUGGGGGUUGGGGGCAGGUCUACAACUUUAUCUGUUAUCUUCAGUUGAGAUGGAAGAUAACAGUGCAUCAGUCAAAACUAUUAUCACAAUCACUUCUGUCUCAUAGACAAAGGCAUUUUUUGCAUAGAAACCAACCUACCUUGUUUAAGAAGGAAGCACAGAGAUAGCAGCACUGCUGUGCUCUUCAUGACUGGAGAUGACUGCAAAGUUAUAAAAUGACACUGACAGUCACUGCUUUGAAUGAGAGCACAGCAUCAAACACAACAAAUUCAAUACUGGACUCCUGUGGCCUGUCAGAGGUGCCAGCCCAUCCUUUUUUCAUUUUUUCCUACUCAACAGUCUUCCUUGUAUGUUUAGCAUUGAACACCAUCACCAUGCGAGUGUAUUACUGCACCAGUCUACGAUUUCAGUCCAGUGUCACGGUAUACCUAAAGAACCUGGCUGCAGCUGACUUCUUCCUCUGCCUUGUUUUGCCUUUGAGCAUUGCCAAUUAUACUAACAAAUCUACAACCAUGCGACUUAUUUACUGCAGUUUUGGUGCUUCAGGCUUCUAUCUCAACAUGUAUGCCAGCAUUCUCUUCAUGGAAUAUAUCGCUGUAAACAGGUUUUUAAAGAUUGCAUAUCCGUUAAAGACUCAUAUGCUGCAGACAGCCCAUGCUGCAUGCUGUAUCUCCAUUAUAACAUGGACUUCCUUAUCUACAAUGGCUUUAAUUUACACUGUUGUGUUUCUGAGCACAUCCUGGGGAGCUGCUCCAAAUCCGCAUGCCAUCGGCUGUGAAUCCUUGCAUAGCCAUCAGGUCAACAUGGUUUACAAGAUCAUCCACUGCGUUUUUGCACUCAUCUUCGCCUUUGUGCUGGUGUCCCUGAUUCUGUUCUAUUGGGGCACAGUGCGAAGGCUUCGACAUGCCCACACCCCCAUGCAGAGCCAAAGGAGCCAGGGUAAACUGGGCAGGUCUAAGCGCAACAUGCUAGUGCUUGUGGUGGUGUUCUGUGUGUGCUUUGUGCCCUACCACCUAGUGAGGCUCCCAUAUGCCUUCCUAAACCCGCUGUUACAAAGAUGUGGUAUUUCAGCCAAGUUGUUUUACAUUAUAAAGGAGGUCACAGUUCUGCUUUCAGUGCUCAAUGCAUGCAUGGAUCCCCUGAUAUAUUUUGUCUUUUGCAAGGGAUUCCGUGAACAAAUUGGCAUCAGAAAAUUCAAAGCGUCCAGCAGUCAAACAGUGAGCAAAGUCCAAAGAGAUAAAAAGAAACAAAGCAACACAGAGACAGGGGAAUCACAUGUCACAGUGAGACGUGAAAGUAUCAAUCCCCUGGAGAAUAUCCACCUGUGUCAGCUAGAACUGCAAACUACGACAUCAUAAAUUAAAAAUAACAAUGGUAUUCAGCAGUGAAUACAGAGACAGUUCACCAAAAAUACAAUAAAUAUUUACUGCCUGUGAAUGAUAAAUAUUUUAAAUAAUUAUUUUUUAUGUAACAGACUGAUAAAUCUUAGACAGUGUAUUACAGCCAGGUCCAUGAGUAAUUUUGACCAUGUACACCACCACAGUGGAUCUGAAAUGAAGUAAUCAAGAUGUGAUUGAAGUGUAGGUAAGCAGCUUCUUGAGCAGUAGUGAACAGACCGAUCAGAAAGAUUUUGUACAUUUUUAAAAAGAAAGAAUGUACUGGUGAACUCAGAAACAUCAAAAGGCUUUAAAGACCUCAGAAAACAACUAAAAAUUUAUGAUUGUAAAUAAUUAUUUCUUUGGUGAAGAAAAUCAACUUCACAAUAUGUUGCUCUCUUAGAGUUAAGUAGAAAACAUAAAAAAACUGCCUAGUUCUGAAACAACAUUCUUUGGUCAGAUGAAACCAAGAUUAACAUGUACCAGUAAGAUGUACAGAAAAGCAUAUAGAGAAGGAAAUGUAGGGCUGUAGUGUAGCACAUCAUCUGUUAAACAUGGUGGAGGCAGUGUUAUGGUAUGAGAAUGUAUAGAUGUCGGUGGAAUUGGGUCAUUGGUGUUUACAAAUGAUGUGACUGCUGUCAGAUUCACUCAAAUCCUGCAAAACUGAUAUGCUGGUGCUGAAAGGUAGAGAUGAAUAAUAACCUAAAUCACACAGCAAAAGCAACCCAAGAGCUUCUUAAGGCAAAAAAUUUAAUGUUCUUAAAUGGUAGAGUCACUUACCUGACUUCAACACAACUGAGCAUUCUUUUCACUUACUGAAGACAAACCUGAAGGCAGAAAAACCCACAAACAAGCAGCAACUAAAGGAGGCUGCAGUACAUACCCAGCAAAGCAUCUCAAGGGAGAAAACAGCGUUUGGUGAUGUUCAUGGGUUCUAGACUUCAAAUGGUCAUUAACUGAAAAAUAAUCCUUAUAUUUAUGUUAGUUUGUCCAUAUAGAUGAGAGACUAUGUAAAUAUGGCUGUAUUUGUGAAUUAAAGCUAAAACUUAACACUUCAGUCACAUAUUGAUUGCUGUAUUUUAAAUAUAUUGCGGUGGUGUACAGAUUACAAAUAUUGUGUCACUAAACCAUGAUUGUGAUGUUUAUGUAGUGUCACAGUUGUCUAAUUGUACAAUAUUCUGUAUAUACCCAAUUAACACUGCUUCCUUUCCUGUUAAGAACCUUUAGAAAAUUCAUUCAUGAAUUUGUAAUUUGUAAUGUAAAAAAAUAACUGCUUACUGAGUCUGAGUCACUGAGUCACUUUACUGCAAAGGAAAUGAAUGAUUAUAUUAAUGGAACAUUUAGAGUAAUCGAGGAAACAAACCAAUAAAUGCAACUUCCUCAAUGGUGAUAAGGAGGCAAGUAUUGAUUGAUGUGAAGAUACAAAAUAACACCUUGCUAGAUUCAGCAAAGCACAGACUAA